CCGCCCCCGGCACGCUCACGGCUACCGAGUAGUGUCGCUCCACGCGCCAGCCGCGGCAAGAUGGCGGCGGCGGCGGAAGUGAAUGGAGCAGAUCCCGAGGCGGUGUUGUGAAUAGAUUAUUGGUGAUCAGAUCUGUCCACAAGAAGUGAUCGGCCACGACUGCUUUUCUAUACAAACUGAGCACUGACUGGCAUCAUGAAGGUCUUCUGUGGGCGGGCCAAUCCCACCACAGGAUCUGUGGAGUGGCUGGAGGAGGAUGAACACUAUGAUUACCACCAGGAGAUUGCAAGGUCAUCCUAUGCUGAUAUGCUGCAUGACAAAGACAGAAAUAUAAAAUAUUACCAGGGUAUCCGGGCAGCUGUGAGCCGGGUGAAGGACAGAGGACAGAAAGCCUUGGUUCUUGACAUUGGCACCGGCACAGGACUCUUGUCAAUGAUGGCGGUAACAGCAGGUGCUGACUUCUGCUAUGCUAUUGAGGUUUUCAAGCCUAUGGCUGAUGCUGCUGUGAAGAUUGUGGAGGAAAAUGGCUUCAGUGAUAAGAUUAAGGUUAUCAACAAGCAUUCCACUGAAGUGACUGUUGGACCAGAUGGUGACAUGCCUUGCCGGGCCAACAUCCUCAUCACGGAGUUGUUUGACACAGAGCUGAUUGGGGAGGGGGCCCUGCCCUCCUAUGAGCAUGCUCACAGGCACCUCGUGCAGGAAAAUUGUGAGGCGGUACCUCACAGAGCAACCAUCUAUGCACAGCUGGUGGAGUCGAGAAAGAUGUGGUCAUGGAACAAGCUGUUUCCCAUCCAUGUUCAGACCAGCUGUGGAGAACAGGUCAUCGUACCCCCCCUGGAACUGGAGAGGUGCCCCGGUGCACCCUCUGUCUAUGACAUUCAGCUGAACCAGGUGUCGCCCACUGACUUCACUGUCCUCAGCGACGUGCUGCCUAUGUUCAGCGUGGACUUCAGCAAGCAAGUCAGUAGCUUAGCAGCUUGCCACAGCAGGAAGUUUGAACCUCUGGCAUCUGGUCGAGCUCAGGUGGUUCUUUCCUGGUGGGACAUUGAAAUGGACCCAGAGGGGAAGAUCAAGUGCACGAUGGCCCCCUUCUGGGCACACUCUGACCCAGGGGAGCUCCAGUGGCGGGAUCACUGGAUGCAGUGUGUGUACUUCCUGCCGGAAGAGGAGGCAGUCGUCCAGGGCUCAGCCCUCUGCCUGCUGGCCCACCAUGAUGACUACUGCAUAUGGUACAGCCUUCAGAGCACCAGCCCCCAAAAGAAUGGGAAAGUUCCCUCCGUGCGCCCUGUGUGCGACUGCCAGGCUCACCUGCUCUGGAAUCGGCCCCGGUUUGGAGAGAUCAACGAUCAGGACAGAACUGAUCAGUAUGUCCAGGCCCUGAGAACUGUGCUGAAGCCAGACAGCGCCUGCCUGUGUGUCAGUGAUGGCAGUCUGCUCCCCAUGCUGGCCCAUCACCUUGGGGCUGGACAGGUGUUUACAGUAGAGAGUUCUGCAGCUUCUCAUAGACUGAUGAAAAAGAUCUUCAAAGCUAACCACUUGGAAGAUAAAAUUAAUGUAAUAGAGAAGCGUCCUGAAUUACUGACAUCUGCAGACUUGGAGGGCAAAAAGGGUGCCCUGAGGCGCUGGCAGAGAUCACAGGGAGCAGCCGAACGCCGCUUAAUUCUGACUGAUCUCUGCUCCUUCAAGUCUGGGCAGGUGGCUCUGUCGGUCUCAGAGCUGCUGGCCAUGUCCUCUUCCCUCCCCGGACAGGUCUCUCUCCUCCUGGGUGAGCCAUUCUUCACCACCAGCCUGCUGCCGUGGCACAACCUGUACUUCUGGUACGUGAGGACUGCGGUGGACCCGCACCUGGAGCCUGGCGCCGUGGUGAUGCCCCAGGCUGCCUCGCUGCAUGCGGUGGUGGUAGAGUUCAGGGACCUGUGGCGGAUCCGGAGCCCCUGCGGUGACUGUGAAGGCUUCGAUGUGCACAUCAUGGAUGACAUGAUUAAGCAAGCUUUGGACUUCAGGGAGAGCAAGGAGGCCGAGCCCCACCCACUGUGGGAGUACCCCUGCCGCAGCCUCUCGGACCCCCAGCAGAUCCUCACCUUUGAUUUUCGGCAGCCAGUUCCUCUGCAGCCUGUUCGUGCUGAGGGCUCCAUCGAGCUGAGGAGGCCUGGGAAGAGCCAUGGGACUGUCCUGUGGAUGGAAUACCACCUGACCCCAGACAGCACGGUCAGCACCGGCCUCCUGGAACCGGCAGAGGACAAGGGGGACUGUUGCUGGAACCCCCACUGCAAGCAGGCCGUGUAUUUCUUCAGCACCACGUGGGACCCUAGAGUGCCACUGGGUGACCCUCACUGGGUGACUGUCAACUACACUGUGGAGUUUCACCCCCACACUGGAGACGUCACCAUGGAUUUCUCUCUCUCAGAUGCCCUGGACAGUGGGCACUGACUCUCACUUGUUGAGAAAUGAAGUGGCCCAAGGACUCUGGGCUUGGGAUGGUGUGGCUUUCUGCCAAGGAACGUGAAGGCUCUUACUCCAGGGCCUGUUCGGCCUCUUUCUGCAUCUUUGCGCCACCAGCUCCUUGCUCCAGAUGUGCCAGGCAGCAUGGGCCGCUAGCCAAAUUUGGGACUGAGGAGGAUCCAGGAGCCCACCCUGCUGUGGUUCUGUGUUGCUCAGAAAGUGCCAAGGCACAUUUCUCCUGCUCUCCCGCAGAGUGGCGCCCAGUCGGCUGGCUGGAGGGCAUUUCGAGGCAGCAUGUGGCUCACAGCGGGGAGUCGCCCUGGCCUGCUCUGCUCUGCAAACCUCUAGGUCCUCCCUGCCUGACUUCGGUGAGAAAGGGCUUCUGGGGCGGAGAUGCUGACUUGUACCUGAGCUCUAGGCCUUGCAGACCCUGGCAGCAGCAGGCUGAAGACUGGGCAUUUCACCCGCUGGGUGAGUCACCAAGCUACAUCACAGGUGUCUGGACCUGAGACCCAGACAGCGGGUUGCUGAGGAUAGGGAGAGGGGCGCAGAGACUGUCCAGAGCAGGCCCAGAGCUGCGUAGCUGGCCCUCCAGGAAAUCAGCCGUUAGUGGUGGAGGCAAGAGUACAGCCUUCGCCACAUGCUGCCUUCCAGCAGAAGGCCUUCUGCCCCUGGGAAGUCUCUGGGCCAAAGGGCACUGUGGGGCGGGAUCACCGCCUCGCCUUGCUGCGCCCCACACUCAGCGUGUCCUCAUGCUGCUCACUCCGGUUCUCAGAGGGGUCAGGACACACUGAGUAAGAGGACCCAACGGCGGAGCUUCCUGGUUGCUCAGGACAGACAGGCUGUGCCAUCCUGGGGGAGGCUAGGAAGGCGGUCCCUGAGGGCUGUCCC